AUGUCAAGAGCUAAGGAGAUCAGCGAAAGGCUCAGUCUGCAAGUACAUAUCCAAGCCAAUCUCCAGAAUAAGAAGCUUAAAGUUUCGCAAUGGUUGGUUGACGCACAGGCGGCGAACUCAUCGGGCCCUGAACAUGAAAAAGAAAAUGACGGGCGGACCGAUUCCCAAAACAGCUUUUACGAUCUCCCAGUCAUUGGAAUAGGAUCUGGCUUAAAUCUAGAUACUAGUGGCAACGAUUCAAAUUCUAAUGACAUAUCCACGAUCGGCGAGUUCAUCGACAGUGGUAAAAAGGUCUCUUCUCUUACGAAAAAGAAAGUCUCGAAGGUCAGAGGACCAAUUUCAAAGAACAGUAUACACCAAAAUGAUGCACAGGACUCGAGGGCCAUGAUUGCACUCAAGCGCAAGAUGCGAAAGGGUCACAGCCAAGAGCUGCGAAACCGAUUAUCGGUCAAGGCAGGUCUUGAAACUGGCGUACCCAAACUCGUCAACGAAGAAAUCAACCAACUCAGCAGCGAUGAUGACGAGGGGGAGCGAAUAGAAAAGACAGCACCUAAGAGUUUUGGACUUUUGUUUGCCGCGAAAACAAAGAAAAAAAGGAAGUAA